CCUGACCUUCUAAUGACUAUGGCAGUUUUUCUGAGGGAGCUUUAUGCCCUUUAUAUUGCAUUGGUAUUUCAUUCCCGAGUAAGUAAAUCAAUAACGUGGAAGCCCAGAAAUACAUUAUUGCAUACGCAAUUUUGUUCAAGUUCGCAUUUUGAUUAAAAAACUGGAUACACAGAAUUAAGUACAGUUGACAUCCGCUAUCUCGACUGCCUGCUAUCUCGAGCAUUUGCUAUUUCGAACUAAUUUCUGUUUCCCUUGGUUUUGCUAUAGGGUUAAGUAUAGAAAAACCGUUCGCUAUCUCGACUGCUCGCUAUUUCGAAUAUUCGUUAUGUCGAACCGUUAUCUGUUUCCCCUCGACGAAAAGUGUUCGCUAUCUCGAACUUUUUUGCUUUUGGUUAUGUGAGAAAAUUAAAAAUACGAGUAAAUAAUCUGUUUAAACGGCAGAUGACAGUUAACAGAUUAAGAAGACAGUGUUAUAAUACAAUUUAAAUGUUCAAAUCAAUGGAUAGAGGGGUAAUCCGAAGUUUAAAGGCAAAGUACCGAGCAGUUUUGGUGCAGAAAUACAUCAGAGCAAUUGAUCAACAAAAGUCUCUACAAAAAAUUAGCAUUUUGGAUGCAAUGGACAUAUUAGCCGCAUCGUGGUCUAUAGUAUCUGAAACGACAAUCGUUAACUGCUUUGCCAAAGCUGGCCUUUCUUCCGAAAAUCAACAUCAAGCAGCAUCAGAGGAAGAUGAUCCUUUUAAAGACUUGGUGGAAGAAUUGAUGAAACUGCGAAAUAGAGAUCAAAAAUUUGCUCCAGCCAACACAAGUGCAGAGGAAUUUAUUGACUGCGACGACCAAGUCUUAGCAAGAGCAGUAUUGCCAACUGAAGAUGAAAUCAUAGCUGAGCUAUUUGGUGAAGAAGUUGUUAAAGUUAAGGGUAGCCAAGAAGACAGCCAAGAAGACAGCCAAGAAGACAGCCAAGAAGACAGCCAAGAAGACAGCCAAGAAGACAGCCAAGAAGACAGCAAAGAAGACAGCCAAGAAGACAGCCAAGAAGACAGCCAAGAAGACAGCCAAGAAGACAGCCAAGAAGACAGCCAAGAAGACAGCCAAGAAGACAGCCAAGAAGACAGCCAAGAAGACAGCCAAGAAGACAGCCAAGAAGACAGCCAAGAAGACAGCCAAGAAGACAGCCAAGAAGGCAGCCAAGAAGGCAGCCAAGAAGACAGCCAAGAAGACAGCCAAGAAGACAGCCAAGAAGACAGCCAAGAGGACAGCCAAUAAAGCAACGACAACCCUUUGACAAAGCCAACAACGGACAAAAUAAGAGACGAGAUGGAGGUAAUAUUAAGAUAUUGCCUAUUCUCAGGGAAUUGAGAAGUGCUCCUUGAGCAUUUCGUUAAAAUGAAUGGUGUUAUAGAGAAGAAACUGGUUAGAAAGAGAAAACAAAUGACAUUAGAUGCUUAUUUUUCUUAAUGAUUUAGUUUGACUUGUAAUUUUGUAUUAAUGACUACAUAUCUUUUUUUGCUGCCUGUUAAACCUUCGAAAUUUAAAAAAAAAUUGGAUUUUUUGGGGUGAUCCGAUAACUCGAACAUUCGCUAUCUCGAACAACUUUUCGUUUCCCUUCAGAGGUCGAGAUAGCGGAUUUUUUUACCGCAACGGCGUGCCAUAGCCUCUCUUUAGCCGCUUCCUUCGCCUCGUACUCACAUAGAGUUGUUGGAAUCUGUGUUAAAAAGUUGAAAAGUGGCGAUAGGAAAUUGCAAAGAGUUUUCAAAACAUAGGGAACUGCAGUGAUGUGAGUUUUCAGCUGAGAUCAGAAAUCAAUUUUAAACAAUAAUAUUUACUAAAAAUUCUGAUCGUUUAUUGAACGUCAUUAAGUUUCCUUGUAUGAAAAUACCUAUCAACAAGUCAUUGGAUGGCCUUUAGGCCGAUCGCUAAAUUUGUCAGUCUGAAUACAUUA